AUGUUCGCUGCACUGCGCGGGCUGCUGGCCAGGAUCCUGCCGCCGUUAUGGCGGACGGCGACCGAGGAGGACGACGCGUUUCUGAUGGAGGCCACGGUGGAGACCCGCAAGCUGCAGCACAGUGUGGUGACCCAGCUGGGUCCGGACUACGGCCUGAUAGAUGAUGUUGUGUACUUCACCAGCAGAGAGGUCCUGGGUGGGGUCCCGCUGAAGGUCGGGGACAGGGUGAAUGGUAUUGCUGCCCAGGAAGGUGCCCAGGGUGGCUGGAAAGCACUGAGGCUGGAGAAGGAUUCAGAUGCUUGGGAGGAUGAAUCCUGUCUAGAGGCUGGCGGUUUGAAACUUCAUCCUCUUAUUGGCAAAGUGACAUCAUUUGAUGGCAGCAACGGCUUCAUCAAUGACAUCUACUUUUUAUACCAAAGCCUUUGUGAAGGUUAUGUGCCAGUGAAGGGAGACUGGGUACAAGCCCAGUAUUCCAUCAGUCCUUUAUACACCACAGAGGCUCAUUCUGUGGCCCCUUUACGCUAUCGCCGCCUUGACCAGUUGUGUGUGACCAGUGUGUCAAGCAGAAGUGGUGUGGUGGGGGACAGUGUGUUUUUCAGCCGGAACUCUUUACUGCUUCCUGCUCACUACCAACCUCAGCCUGGAGACCUGGUCAACCUUGUGGUGGUGGAGAGCAGCCAGUCCAUUUACAGCUGGAGGGCCCUUUGCAUGGCCCCUACUAAAUGCAGUACAUCACCUUCCACGAAGCCUGUCCUGAAUGCUGACAUCCAGAGUCUUCUGCGAAACAAAGGUGGCCUGGAUGUCUCAUUUUAUGCCCACUUUGGGGAUCUUGAGUUGGGGGAGAGCCUGGAUCUUGUGUUGUGGAUACAGAACAGAGGUUCUCAGACCCACACGCUGAAAUGCUGUGAGUUUGCCGGAUGGGACUUGGAACAUCAGUUCACCGUGAGAGCUAUCAAAGAAGCUACAGGAAAGAAAAUGCCCAGGUCACCUGCAGUUGGCUCCACGUCCAGCCCUGACCCAGCCCCUCUUAAACAGGGAGUCAGCAGCAUGAACGAGGGGGACCAGGAGAACGGCGAGGUUCGGCAGAGGCCUAUACCUAAAUCCGCUGGUAGGAAAGAGAAGAGAGAGGUGGCUAUUGCACCAGGGCAGAGGCUGUCUGUUGUUUUGCGCUGCACAGCCAAGAACCUGGGGCGCUGUUCUGAACUGCUGUUGCUGCACUUCUCCUCUUUCACCAUUGGGAGGCGCCUGGAAGUCAAAGUGGCCAGCAAGGAUGAGUGCCUGCUGAAGCCUCGUGCACCCUACUGUCCCCGUAAUGAUGCCCUGCUGGCUUCGGCACCACCAACCAGCAUGAUCACCAUCCCAGCUCCACCUCUUCCCGUCAGGCUCAAAAAUCGUCACCUACCGAGCUUUAUGGGUAUAUAUACGAUUCCCCGUUCUCUGAGAGACUGCCUGAAGGCUAAUUUUAACGUGCUGGCGGUUGAGCCCUGCCUGGGAGAGGCCCUGUCGUUAUCCAACAUGCGUGCACGUUUCUCAACCUUGCUGUGGUUGGAGGAGCUACAGGCAGAGAAGGAAAUGCAGGAGUUCACCAUCAUUGCAGCUGUCCUCAAAAAAGGAGCCUCCUACCUGCACCUGGAAAUCCCGGGCUUGUCCGAGGGGAGACCCAACCUCGCCAUAGGAGACAAAGUAACUCUGAAGGAGUCCAGGCAGGAUGGCAUGCUGGUCGAGUACAUUGGCUGUAUCGCAGAGAUCCAAGAUGAAAAUGUGGGUUUCAGGGUCAACCAGGACUUUAAGCACAAUUAUCUGGGAGAGCCACUCGAUGUCGAAUUCACGUACAACAGGCAGACGAUGAGACGGUGCCAUCAGGCUCUAACUCGGGUUGAGCAGUUUGGCCAGAGUAAGUCAAUUCUAUUCCCCACCAAACUGACCUUCCAGGCCCCCCAGUGGACUGGGAAAUGGCUGGAGGAUUCACUCAAAGAGGAAACCACCGAAACAAAUGAGGUGACGGUCAGUGAUGAUGGGGAAAGCAUGUCGAGCAUCUCUGUCGACAUGAAAUCAACAGCAACUGGGACUAAAGUCAGUAAGCACCCAUCCAAACCAGGCAAAGGGAAGUUUUUCAGGCCUGACCUGAACCCUUCUCAGAGGCAGGCAGUGAAAAUGAUCCUGGCUGGAGAGAGUCGGCCCAUCCCCUAUGUGCUGUUUGGACCACCAGGGACUGGCAAGACCAUAACCCUAAUUGAGACAAUACUGCAGGUGUAUCAUUUCUUACCCAGUAGCCGUGUGCUGGUAUGCACGCCCUCCAACAGCGCCGCUGACCUCAUCUGCAUCCGGCUGCACGACAGCGGCUACAUACAUGCUGGUAAUUUGGUCCGUGUCAACGCCAGCUGCAGGCAGUACGAGUCCAUCCCUGAGUUGGUGAGGAAGUACUCAAAGGCAGGAGAAGACAUUCACUGUGCCUCCUUCUACAGGAUUGUGGUCAGCACCUGCUCCAGUGCUGGAAUGUUCCACUUUUCAGGAGUACAGGCCGGCCACUUUACCCACUUGUUUCUAGAUGAAGCAGGUCAGGCCACAGAACCUGAGGCCCUCAUCCCCAUAAGCCUUAUGUCGGUGAAAGAUGGACAGGUAGUCCUGGCUGGUGACCCCUGUCAGCUGGGCCCAGUGGUGAGGUCAAAACUGGCCUCAACUUUUGGCUUGGGGAUCUCCUUGCUGGAGAGACUGAUGGCCAGUCCCCUGUACUCCAGACAGGAUGGAGGAUACAACCCGAAACUGGUGACCAAACUCAUAUGUACUUACCGGUCCCAUGAGGCCUUGAUGCAGCUUUCCUCCAGGCUUUUCUACGAGGGGGAGUUGUGCACGAGGGCCCCCAGAGACAUAGUGGAUUCUCUCUGCUGCUGGAAAGAACUUCCCAACAAGGGCUUCCCGCUCAUCUUCCACGGAGUCAGGGGCACAGAGCUGAGGGAGGGUAACAGCCCAUCGUGGUUUAACCCGGCGGAGGCGGUGCAGGUCAUGCUUUACUGUUGUAAGCUGGCCAAGAAGCUCUGUAACCCUGUGGACGUCUCUGACAUAGGCAUCAUCUCCCCCUACAAGAAACAAACAGAGAAGAUCCGUGUGCUGCUGGGCAGGGUGGGUCUCUUAGACAUCAAGGUGGGUUCUGUCGAGGAAUUCCAGGGACAGGAGUUCCUGGUUAUCAUCCUAUCCACUGUGCGCUCUAAUGAGUCGUUGGGUAGCGACAACCUGCAGGGCAUCCUCGGCUUCCUGACAAACCCCAAACGUUUCAACGUGGCAGUAACUCGGCCAAAAGCUCUGCUCAUAAUUGUAGGAAACCCCCACAUUCUCAUUAAGGACACGUGUUAUAGGAAUCUGCUUGAGUACAGCUUUGAAAACCGGGCGUUCAUUGGCUGUGACCCUCCUCCCGCCCUCCUAGCGUCCCACACAACCGAACUCUAG